AUGCGCCUCACAAACGCCUUGUACGCUGCGCUCCUCGCAACAAGUGGCGUAGAAGCCCUACGCUCCGAGUCCAAAGUCAAACUCAAAAACAUCCAAAGCCUCACCCUACGCAAAGGUCUCCAAACCUCACAUAGACGCGUGGAUCCCAUCCCUCAGCUCAAAUGCAUCGGCGGCUCCGGCCGCGGCCUCUAUGAAAUCGACGUAAUGCGCUGCAAAAACUCUGGCUCCGACUACGACGAAAACAACAUCCAAUGGACCUGCACCGCCUCCCUACCCGAAGAAUUCAAACUCGGCUCCACAGACGUCAUUUGCGAGGGCUACGAUUACCCCGAGGACCCCUACAUCUUAAAGGGCAGCUGCGGCGUCGAGUACCGGCUCAUCUUGACGGAUAAGGGCAGGGAGCGAUAUGGAAAGGGCAGGGACGGGUGGUUUGGCGAUGGCGAUGGCGAUGACGGUGGAUAUGGUGGGCCGAAGACAAUGGGCGAAAGGAUUGCAGGAGGCUUGUUUUGGUGCUUGUUCAUCGGAGUUGUGGCAUGGAUGAUAUAUUCUGCGUAUACAAGUCGCGCACAGGGCGGUGCCCGCGGCGUCGGGGGUGGCAGACCUGGCUGGGGCGGCGGCGGUGGAGGAGGCGGCGGAUGGGGCGGUGGAUGGGGCGGAGGCUACAACGACGACCACGACGACCCGCCACCACCCUACUAUCCCUCAAACCCAGGAAAACAACACCCCAGCUACGGCACCAACCAAGGCUGGCGACCGGGCUUCUGGUCCGGCGCCGCCGGUGGUGCAGCCGCAGCUUGGGCUGCCAGUCGCAUGGCCAACACCGGACGCAAUCAAACCGGUUCUGGCUGGGGCAACGGGAGUGGCAGCCGUUGGGGCAAUGGGGAAGGUAGCUCGAGAUCUUCGUCUGGCGACAGUUUCUCCAACUCGCGACAUGAGAGUACGGGGUUUGGAUCGACGUCACGCAGAUGA